AUGGAAGGGAGUAUGAGUGGGAAGGGCUUUGUAUCAACCCGACUGCUGCAAGCGGUACCUGCGGGGGGUGCAGUCCCAGCACCAAGAUCCAUUCCGUCCUUCAAACCGGUUCCGUUCAAGCGAGAAAAGUUUCUCUCUAUAAAAACUCGAACUGCCGAAACGUUCUUCGGUACGCGCGACCGACUAUUCCGGCGCUCUACCGCUAUUGUUGAGCAGAUGAGUGAUAUGAGAAGGAAAGAAAACCUAUCAUCUUCCGUGAGUGGUAGUGGUGGAAAUGUCCUCAAUGGUUGUGAAGGAAUAUACAUUGGGGCUCCCCUUACACCACAAAUGACGGAUGAGAUUAACGCGUGGAACAGAAAUCUUCAAGGUCUUGAGGGGAUGCAAGGAUUUGUUCUCACUGACGAGUUAGUGUACGAGGCUGUCUCUAGGAACAUUCGCAUGGGUGCAUUCCCGCAUGCGCUGAAUUGGUUGGAAAAGGCUGCGCGCGAAAAGCGGCUUCCCGUGCCAACUUUAGUGCUGAAGGACCUGCGCAUGUUCUUUGAUUUUGUGCUUUCUGUGCUCCCCGCGAGCAACGCAACCUUCUCAACUGCAGUCGACAUGCUGCUCGAGGAAACGGCUUCGACUAUGUUGCCUGAAGUAUCGACCGAUGGGUCGCGUGGCGGGGAAAAUGAAGAUGAAGUCACUUGCGGUGAGGUGUGCGAAAACUCGCCAAUACGACUUGCAAGCACUUCACCUUUCGCACUCCACAUUUUCAGAGAAUUAUUCGCGCCCGUCUGGGGUUGCCUGCUGCGUCUUGGUCUGCUUCCUACGGUUGCGUCUGCGCAAAAGGAGUGGGAUCGUUUGCAGGGAAACAAGGUCUCUGACGGUGUAUUGUCAGGUUUGAUUGAGCGUAUAGACUUUGAUGGGUGCGCACCCUCCAACAGAGAGAGUAGUGGCACUAACGUGGGAAAGGUGCCUGCGGCACGGCAAGCGUAUAUGGAACUCCUUCUAUCUCUUGCACAAUGCGCUGCCGAGGCGAAAGAGGUAUAUGUCCUUUUACACCUUCAAUCUACCUUCUGUGCAUUAUUUGCUGAACCAAGGGAUGAGGGCCGCUCUCACCCCUCGGUUUCUUCUGACGAUUCCCGCCUUCAGCGUUGGAGGUUGCGACGGAAUGUUUGGUGCAAUUCGGAUGAUGGCAGGGAAUACUUUCACCGCUUUGCGAACGAUUUCCUUUCUUCUGUAUAUUAUGGCCGCCAGCUCUACCAAAGCGAAGUCUCGCUAAAUAAUUGUGUUCGACAUUUGUCCAGUACCGUGCCCGGGGUGCAAGGAACAGAAGAGCUGGGAGAUAUGCGGAACGAUGGACGGGAUGUUGGAGGUGCCGACGAUGAACAACGGCAGCCAAACAAUCCGGAUGCUGACGAAGAUGGCAAGUCAAGGUUGUUUACGGUGGAGGAGGCCGUGGAAAAUGUAUUGUGGGAGGUGAUGAGCCAUGAGGCGUCACUGUUCCCCGAUGCACUCGCAUACGCCGGACUUCUGCUUCGACGUACUGUGACUGAUACAACUCUUCCUACUUCCGCAACAAACCCUCGCUUCAGUCGGGCGGAGCUUGAGUGGAUGCAGCUUCAUAGUGACAUGUGCCGUCGCUCCCACGGUGGUGAGGACGUGACAGCCGAGUUACUGAAUCUCAUUCGCCCAGGUUCCACGGUAACACGAGGACUGGCACUGAAUGCUACAUGUCUCGAGGAUAAACAGUGUCUUCUGGGACUGGUGGUUGAGACAGUUAUUACGAUUGCUGGGGUGUCGAGGCUAGCGGGCCCUCAACGAGGUGACCUGAUUAUUAAGGCUACCACGCAGUUGCUUCUGUGUAUGAGGGAGGUUGAAUGUCAGGGAGGACAGCGGUUGAUGCUCCCUCAGUACAGUGUAGGAUGCGUAAUGGUAUCCUUGGUGCCCUUACUUCGUACCACGCUUGAAUCUGCUUUCAAAAGUUUAAAACAAACUGAGUGUUGUGAGGGCCACAUUAAACUCUCAUUUUCCCGCAGAGAUGUUCUGCGUAUUGUGAGGGGUCUGAUGCCGAGUAUAUUGGAGCAACGAGUGGUAUUUGGUAACGUGUACAGCGGAGUGAUAACAGUUCUGACGCUGGCAGAAAUGUGGGACGAAGUGAUGCAGGUACUGAAACAUUUAGACCAGCCACAUGUGUCAGAUGGUGAGGAUGGUGACCAUCAGGGAAUAAGCAGCCUGUUGGUGGAUCAGCGGGUAUGGGCUUGGUUGUUUCGCCGUGCUCGCGAUGCUGGUCAGGUGGAAAUUUGUUUGUUCCUGCGCAGUCGGCGUGAGAAGUUGUUUUACUAG